UUUUUUUUUUUCUGUUUCACAGAAAACCGUACUCCCAACAUUCAGCGCUGACACUAUGCACUCCAGACCAACAGCCUUUGUUUAACACUUAUAUCAGAUUAUACCUUUAUUAUAUACUGAGGAUUCUCGAAUAACCGUUAUUUCUGUAAAAGAACAGAAAGGAAACACCCAAAAACAGUGCAUUACUGGUGGGAUUUUGUUCAACUCUAUAUUCAUUCGUAAAAGCUGCGGAUUUUGACUGGAAUGCUGGAACCCUGCCUUUAGAAUCCAUGAGGAGAUGCUCCAGGACAAGGUCCCGGCUGUGACCGAGGAAGGCUUCACAGCAGCCCAGUCGACGGGGCACUCAGAGCUCGUUGCGGAGCCCUCCCAGCUGGGCGUGGCAGGAGGGGGUCGCGCCGCGCCUCGGGGGAAUGGCUCUGACCAGAAUAUAGAAAACAUCAAGGUGUGUCUUCACGAGAAGGAGCUGUGGAAGAAGUUCCAUGAGGCUGGAACAGAAAUGAUCAUCACGAAGGCGGGCAGGAGAAUGUUCCCUAGUUACAGGAUCAAAGUGACGGGAAUGAACCCGAAGACCAAGUACAUUCUUCUGAUUGACAUUGUGCCUGCCGAUGACCACCGGUACAAAUUCUGCGAUAACAAAUGGAUGGUUGCUGGUAAGGCUGAGCCUGCCAUGCCCGGCCGGCUGUAUGUCCACCCAGACUCCCCGGCUACGGGAGCACACUGGAUGCGUCAGCUCGUCUCCUUCCAGAAGCUCAAGCUCACCAACAACCACCUCGACCCCUUCGGCCACAUCAUUCUCAAUUCCAUGCACAAGUACCAGCCGAGACUCCACAUCGUGAAGGCUGACGAGAACAAUGGCUUUGGUUCCAAGAACACGGCGUUCUGCACUCACGUGUUCCAUGAAACCAGCUUCAUUUCCGUAACGUCCUAUCAGAAUCACAAGAUUACCCAGCUGAAGAUUGAGAACAACCCCUUCGCCAAAGGGUUCCGCGGCAGUGAGGAGAGCGAUCUGCGAGCUUCCUGUCUGCAGAGUAAGGAAUACCCUGUGAUCUCCAAGAGCAUGGGCCGGCAGAGGCUAGUUUCUGCUCACGGCCAGCUGGCUGAUAGAAUGGGAGGUGGUGGCGCACUGUCUGGCACUCACCAAACCCUGCAGCAGCACUAUCAGUGCAAGAGCAGCACCCACAUGCAGUUCAGGGCUUCAGACCCCCAGGAGCGACCCUUCACCUCCCUGCCUGUACCCCGGGACUCAGGCCUGCUCUACCACUGCUUCAAACGGAGAGACAACAGCCGGCACUUGGAUCUGGCUUGCAAACACCCAUAUAUAGAAGCCCCCUCCUCUCUCCCUGAAGAGCACCAACUCCGCUCCCCUCCCACCUACGAGCAGCAGAUGAUAAUCCCUCCAUACUGCGACGAGGCGGUGGGCUCGCAGGGCGCCUGCAUGUACUCCAGCUCUGAGGGGGAGGAUCCCCCCCCUCCGCCCUCUCUCAACAGCAACAUGUGGGCGUCCGUCUCCCCCUACAGCAGCUACAGCAUGCAGAGCGUGGAGACUGUCUCUUAUCAGCCGUUCCCUGCUCACUUCAGCACAGCUGCAGCCAUGAUGCCCCGGCUCCCCGCCUCCAUCGCAGGACAGCGCUCGCAGCCAGCCGACACUCACUUCAGUGCUUACAAUCCUUCUGCACAGAGAAUCGCUUCUCCCUCCAGAGAGAGAGACACCCCCUUUCUGUACGACAGGAAGCCAGGCUCGCCCCAUUCGAGUGACUUUCCAGCGUACUCUUCCAGAGAGUCCUCCUCCUUCCAGUACCAGCUGGGGCUGAACAGUAGUGCAGGAAACUGGACUGAGAGCUAAUCCCAGGUUCUGCUGAGUAGCCUUAGCCAGUCCGUUGUCUGUACAGAACCCAAAAGCAGCACCAACACGCCAUUGAUGUCCAUUGUCUACAGAACCCAACAGCAGCACCAACACGCCAUUGAUCUGCAGCGGCUCCUGCAAACCACCUUCUGCAUCAAUUUUUGUAACAAUUUUUGGAUAGUAGAUACGACUUUAUAUAUUUUGUUUAAAUAUAAGUGAUACAGCAGAAGUAAAUCAAUAAAUAACAGAAAGUGUUUUUGAAGUUCAUGCCACAUCAACGAUCUCAAUGUCUUUUUGGCGUCCAGCUCUCCGUCUGGCUCCCUGACUGCUGCACAAUACUCUCUUACUGCGUUUAGAUCCUGGCCGUCAUAUUUGUUUACAUCGUCGAGUUGAAUUUGUUUGGAUUUCACAAAGUCAGAAAACAGCGACAGUGAUGUUUCAAUCACCAUUUUAGUGUUUGAAGCAUCUUUUGCAGUAUGUUUUGUAAUUAAUUUUCUGUUAAGUCGCAGAAUAGCUUUUCAGCAGUUCUUUCACUUUCAGCCAUUUUCUCUUGCUGUAAGGAGUGCAGGGGAAAGGGUGGUGAAGGGGCGGGACUGACGGUGAUGUGAACCAAUCACAUGACUAUCGCCCUGUGGUGUAGGGAUGUGAGGGCAAUAGUUCAAUCUAUUUAUGUUCCGAUGAUGAGGUUUUAACCAAUCACAGGCCAGAAUUUCCAGAAUGUCUAGUUUUCAAUCACUCUUAUAAUCUUCGACUCUUGACAGCAAAUAAAGAAAAUGCAUUAUUUUUUUGCAGUUCAUUAUCUACUCAGUUUAAUUCACCUAAAAUGAUGCUUCAGAUUCUUUAAUAUUGACUUAAUUUACGUUAUUAUUAUUCAUUAAAUUCACUUGCAAUUUGAACCUUAACACCCGUUUAUUGUCUUUUUUUUAUUAGAUACUAAUAUUCAUGUAUUAUAAAAAAUAAUAAAUGGGCUUCAGUGAGUUACAGGAAAAUAAUUCCAUCUCGGGUUUCUAUGACUCAACCUAACUCUCGUAGUUUA